CGGGGCUCCCUCGGCGCGGCUCCAUGGCGGGGCCCGGCCGCCCUCCCGCCGCGGGCGAAGCCUCCUUCGGGCGCCAGCAGCCCCGGGCGGGCCCCGCUGUUGGAUCUUCCAUUGCACCUGAGGAGGAAGAGGCCAACCCCUUCUCCUUCAAGGAGUUUGUGCGGAGCAAGAACCAGUAUUUGGCAGCCCCUGUCCUGGAGGAAGCAAAGGGGCUGAGCGGCGUUGCCCUGGCCUCCUCGGGGUCAAGCACCAGCAGCCCCAAGGAUUCCUCCAGGUUCUCACUCCUCCUGGACGACAGCACCUCGUCCCCUGGGUCUUUGGAUGUGGCCUUCCACAAGCUGUUUCCCCCGAACCCAAUGGCAACUAACUCCUCGCUGGAGGAUGAAGAAGAGGACAGCGAAUGGAGCAGCACCUACCAGCCAUCAGCCGUUGAAGAGGCCCACCUGGGCAGGAUUCCCAGCACCUCCUUGGACAGCACCCGUGACUCUCUCUGCUGCAAUCCCUCUGACCUGUCUGAGCUCCAGAGGUUUACUCCGUGGAAGCUGGGGGCCAAGGAGGACCAGAGCUUGCCUGUGGGUGGAGCUGCCGGGGGGGACAGCUUUUAUCUGCCUCCUUGCCAGCCGACUUACGAAGAAUUAAAAGAAGAAAAUUCCAAGUUUAGGAGUAAGAUCAGCCAUCUUCAAGCAGUUUCUGAGAGUCAGGCAGAGAGAAUCAAGCAGCUGGAAAGGACCCUGGAGGAGAGUCGGCGGAAAGAGGAGAAGGAGACGCGGGACUUGGAGGCGAUGGUGCAGCAGGUGGAGGAGAACCUUGAGCUGAUGGCGAAACGGGCUAUGAAGGCUGAAACCAGCACUGUGAAGCUGAAGCAGCACAACAGCCUCCUCCAGGUUCAGGUGGAGAACUACAGGUUAGAAAAUGAAGCCUUGAAAUCUAGCCACUCGGCUAACCUGGCCAUAGUGCAGCAAAAUGCCAGUGCUGCCUUGCAGAAUCUCCUCGCCGUCAUCACAAAGUCCCAACCAUCCAUCAGGCAGCUGCUCUCUGGCGCGAAAGAGCUGCAGCUGGUGGCUGAAAUGCUGAAGUCACUGGACAAAAUCUCCGAGAUACCACAAGGGUCUUCCUAAACAUUGUGGCACAGGACUUAAGCAAAGGCUUAAUUGGGAAUUGGGGUUUGAAAGGGGGGUGGAGGAAGCCCUUUUCCUGCCCAGGGGCUACAGGACCUUGUGAAGGAUCAUCAUCGGUGGGGGCAAAGCCACCUGUGUGUCUACACACCUGUGCCCAACACCUCCAGAUGCUUUUGAUGCUGAGACACAUCUUCUUCCUCACUGGUCUCUGCCAUCACUCUCCAGUUCCUUACUGGGUGCACCUCCUGGCUCCUCUCUCAUACCUUUGCAUCUGCUUUUUCAGCUCUUGCCUCCCCCCUGCCCCCCCCCCGUGGGCUUCUCUUGUGACUGCAGUCUGCUUGCCUUUGUCACUGAAUGCAUCCUUAUGUGUUUCUGGCUUCUAGUUAGAGAUGACUGCUCGGUAAAGACCCAGCAUGAAAACACUAAAACCUUUUAGAAAUUCUGUACAGGCGACUCCCCGUUUACACGGGGGUAACGUUCUGGUCCCCUGCACGCAUAAGUGAAAUGUGCAAAAAUGGGGGGCACCCUGCUGCGACUUCAGCUUGCAAGGAGCUCUUUCCCAAACCCUAAAGAGGAGGCCCUCUGGGCUCCAGGGAGUCUUUGUCGGCUGGAGGUGCAUUGGGGUUUUGUAGAAGCUCUUCAGGUCUCUCCCCCAUUGGGUUUUUGGUGCUACGCAUAUGCACAGUUGUGCGUGAAUUGAACACACUUAAAUGGGGGGGGGGUCCUCUAUUAUAAAAAUUACAGCUUGCAGCAUUUAAAGAAAAUCCUUCCUGGCAGAAAAAGAAGCAAAGAUAAAGUUACACAGCUUGUAAGCAAUAGCUCAAAACACGACAAUCACAUAAUCUGUUAAAAUUGCAGGGGUUUAAAAGGCCUGGAAGAAUUUUAAAAGAUAUAUUUAUAUGGAAGAUGCAGGGAAGGUGUCAGGCUUUGAAGAGAGGUUGGUAAGCUUUUGCUUUAAAGGAGCAAUGCAAGGGAGUUCCAUUAUCACCUUUUUAUAUAGCAAAAGUUUUGGAUUUAACAAACGCUUCUUGAAUGCCUAAUUCUGAAGCUUUCCUCCUAUCCUUCUAGGAUUAAUAAUAGCAUUAUUUUCAAAAUAAAAUCAAUUUAUAACUG